UAUUAUUUAUGAUCGUCUCAAACCAAUUGAUAAUGAAUUAGAACAUUUAUGUGAUCUAUGUGGUUUAUUAAUUGCACCAAUACAUUUAUAUUGGGCUUUAUGGGCUUUUUUACAAGGAUUACUUACAAAACCUACAUCAACAUUUGAUUAUAUUAAUUAUGGUAAAAUUCGACUAGCACAAUAUCAAAAACACAAACAAAACUUUUUCUUGCCAUUAAAUCACUCACGUAAAACCAGCAACAUCCAAUUAGAAACAGUUCACUAUUUUUGA